CGCCAUGUGCCUAUCCGCCACCCAUUUACCCCUCGCCCAACCAUGGAAUCUAUCGGUCCACAAACAGAAUCCCACCAGUAGGCAUGGCCACUUGCCCUCCGAACACCAUGACCGGAGGCAUGAGUGUCAUGCUCUCUUCCGAAUAUGCAGGCGGAGUCGCCGGAGGGCCUGCCGUGCUCGUCGGUGACGCAGAAGAGGGAGGCGCUUGCGGUGUGGUCGAUGACGCCUCCAUGCCCAUCGGCCCGCCUGUUUCCUCGCCCCCAAUCGGCUCUCCUGUACUAGAAGUGCUUGCGACGCCUUCCAUGGGAGCAGCGGUGGAUGACGUUGUCUCGUCCCCCUCCACUGGUACAGGGGUCGGUGUGGUUGUCGCCUCGCCCUCGAGCGGCUCGGCAGUGCUACUGCUGGUGAGCUCGCCUUGCAGUGGCUCGGGAGUGCCAGUGGUGGUGGGUCUGAACCCCAGCAUCUUUGCUGCAUAAGGGGGUGGCGUGAAAGUCGUCACGUGGGGAGGGGGGAGCCGAGGGGGUGGGGUGGAAGUCGUGGCCUCGCCAAUGAGAGGCCGUGGGCUGGGAGAGGUGGAAACCACAAGAUCAGCCGUCGGCAAAAGAGUCGUCGAUGUCGUUGUGUUGAGCAAUUCUGGCUCCACCCCACAAUUCAGUGUUGGCGCCGUCGGGAUCGGCGAUAGCGCUUCUGCUUGCGGCGGACCGGAAGGCCCAAAUGCCGGGGGGAAGUCACUCGGCAUGACAGUGGGGGGCCGAUAAGAUGCUGGCGGGAAGUCCGUCGCUUGCUUGUUUUGCGCCAUCUCGUUCUCACUGGUGGUGGGUGAUGUCUCGGGGUAUGCCUGGAUGGGGUGAGCAGCAGGAGGUGGCACAGGCUCCCCGCUGGCCACCUGACAAGACAACCGUCACACCUUGAGCACAUGGAACACUCAUUCUCGAGACAGACCCACCGGCUGUGUGGGCUGCCACGGGGUGCCAGGGAUGGGGAACGGGGGAGACAUGGGGCCGUUAGGCGACAAAGGGGGACCGCCCGCAUACGGGACAGGGGGCCCCUAGCAACCAUACACAGGGCAAUGGUACAUCUUCGCAGCAGUCGUUGCGUACCAUCGGUGUCCCCGGCAUCGGUGGAGGGAAAUAGGGGGGACCCUGCCGACCGGCCCAAAAUGAAAAUGCACUUAUGGAUGGAUGCCUUUCUCUCCGGCCACUUACCAUCGGCUGCAUUGGUGGAGGGCCACUCGCAUUGGAUGACGGCCCACCACCAGACGCAUUGAAUGGCACCUGCAGUGUUGCAACCAUGAUUCCACCCGCCCGACGCCGUCAUUACUCUGUGUCGCCUCACCAUUGGCCCUCCGUAUGAGCCAUUGUAGAUCGGCGGCUGAUUGAUGGCAGGGUAAGGGGGGGGAGCCUGAACCAUGCAUCCAACAUGUGAUCGAUCCGUCUUAUCCAUCAUUGCUCUCUCCACUGACCAUUGGCACCCCCGGCUCAACCGCGCUGCCGUUUAUCGGGAGAGGCUGGUAGGGCGGGGUGGCAUUGUCCGGAGGCAUCACGGGUGCCGUGGCGUUGGCGUCGUUUGGUGGCAGGGGGGAGACUGGCGGAAAGUCAUCGACGAUGGUCACACGAUAGACGAGGAAGGGCUCUUCUCCUUCGUCAAUGCCACUGUUAUCCCCGACCGCAUUGACUGCACGAAGGAGAAAACAGGGAAGCACAUAUAUGAUAUAGAAGGAUGUGUGUUGUGGCUCUCCCUCCCUACUGUACCGCUGCUGUCCGUCCCUCCCUUCAAAGGCCCUUUGGGUGAGCCUCGAUGGCGAUACCUCCGUUUGAGCACACUAUGCGCCGGCAUUGCCCGUCUGUGUGCCUUCAUCACCUGAUGAGCGUGGCCUUUCUUGUGGCCGCCAGCCUUCUUCCUCAGCAGCCGACGAGUCGCCCCGCGGUUCCUCCGCUGACGGCUGCCGGCGAAGCUCUCUUCCCGUCAACUGCUGACGGAUCCAUAGCGGCGCUGCAAGAGGUGGGAGCGGCUGGUAUGAUGCUGCAGCUGAUGUGAUGCAUGGUAGGUCCAGUGGUCCUGCUGAUCUCUGCUCACGAGCCUCCUCCGCAGUGCCGUGCUGCCUUCAUGGAGUGAGAUCUCGUCUGCAUGACUUAUCGCGCCGCUGCCGUCCCGUGUGUGGCGUUGGCGUGCAAUACCUUGGCUAGAUGAAGAGGCGACGCUGGACGCCAGAUGGAUCACGAGGAUCCAUAGAACGCCACAGCCUUCCAUACUUGGGG